CACUGGGCAUUGAUAAAUGCAAUUUAAAUUUGAAAUGGCUUUUGUGUGUUAUCGGUCAUUUUUGUCUAGUAUUUGCGUGGUAUUUUUGGUGAUACCACAUGUCAAGGGGAAUAUGGGAAUGGCAGAUAGAUGGGGAAGAAGAGGAAAAAGGCAACUAAUCUAACUAAAACUAUGGACAACUACGGACAUGCAAAAACUACAGAAACAACAGGAUUGACAUCUACAACAAAUACAUUGAUGCAGACAAGGAGGACAAACAACAACGGAGCACCGGCAGGCAUAACAGACGCAAUGCGAACAUUACGCUGUAUACUGGCCGGCUCUGUUGUCCCCCUGUGUGUUGUUUAUUGGCGAUGGCUGGAUUGGUGGUGUUGGCGUGCAUCGUGGGCAAAGUUGGAGAUGGCGAGCGGCUCUAGUCCGGCCGCCCACGUUGCAUCUGUCAGGUGCUUAUCGGCGUUUGAAUGUUGUUUGUGGCGACCCUUGUCUGGUUGGUGUUGGCGUAAAACAGCAGGAUUUGCUGGCGUCUGGCGGCUCAACACCAGGCCAUCCCGCCCUCACAUAAUUGGCAUGAGAGACGGGUGCGACCCAGUGGAGCGGCAACAGGCGCCAGCAUCUGCGUCGUCGUUUGGAAUGGCAGCUGUGAGCAGGUAUUUACGUGACGUCAUUGUGAUGGUGUGGUGUGGUGGCAGCGUCAUCGAAAGGGGCCUCAUAUUCCGCCCAAUUGGCAGAAGAUUGUCAUUGUUAAUGGCGAGGCAGCUUCUUGUUGGUCAGCUCUGUCUGGUGAUUGGCAGUGGCUGGCCUCUGGACUUUUGUUGGAUUGGCGGUGGUAGUGCUGCUGAUGAGGCCUCCAAAUUUCGCCCAUUUUGCCUCAAGAGAGUUGCAGGAGUGGUGAGGCAGCUGCUGUAGGGGCAGCUCUGUCGGUUCAAUGGCGGGUGGCAUUGGCAUUAAACUUCUGCUAUUUGGCGCAGUCAGUAAUCGCCGUAAAAUCCGUCGCUUUCGAAGUCGCCGCUGGAGUGACCAUUUAGAAACCUACGUAGGUCCUCGUAAGGCUCUUCAUCGGUCCAUUGGCUGUCGUCGUCAAUGUCCAUAUCCGGCUCACCGUCCGAUAUGGCUACUGCUGCUGCUGUAUUGGCUGCUGGUUGUGGUGGCGGCGGGUGUGUAGGUGGUGUUGUCUG